AUGUCUGAAAUAGAUAAAAAUAAAAACGGGAAAUCAAUUAACACUUUUGUCGCCAGAAGCCACCAAGACGCUCCGACAAAGAGAAGGAGGAGCCGCCGCGUCUGUCAGAACACGCGCCGCCGGAAGAAGAAACGGGGCAUGGGUCGACUCGCACUGACCAGGCCGAUUCAGAGAUUCCGUUUCUUCUCCUACUUAUCUCAGAACGGAAGCAGAGGCGUUCUCGCUUGCUCUAACUAUGGAACCCGUUAUGUUUCGUCUCUAGUUAUAUCCUUUUUCAUUGGCGAUUUGCUGAAGCUUCUUCUGUCUCUUAACGAGAGUGCUUCUUCCAUUUGGUUAGUUGAAGCUUCAGACUGUGAGCUUGAUGAAGGUCCAGAUGAUAGUAAAGUAGCGGAGAGAGACACUAAUCUGCGUUCGGCAUUGUCACAGCUCUCAGUUUCAGGUGUUUUUGAUCAAGACUCUAAGCUGUGGUUGCAGCGCUUCUCCAGGUCACGCAGAGUUUCUGUGAUAUCUACGGGCUCACUCAACCUUGAUCUUGCUCUAGGCGUUGGAGGAUUGCCAAAGGGAAGAAUGGUUGAGGUUUUCGGAAAAGAAGCUUCUGGAAAGACAACUCUAGCUCUUCAUAUCAUCAAGGAAGCUCAAAAGCUUGGAGGUUAUUGCGCUUAUCUUGAUGUGGAGAAUGCCAUGGAUCCUACUCUAGCAGAGUCAAUAGGUGUGAACACGGAGGAGCUUCUAAUAUCACGACCAGACUCUGCUGAAAAUAUGCUAAGUAUAGUCGAUGUGCUAACCAAGAGUGGAUCAGUAGACGUUGCUGCUCUUGCCCCUCAAUGUGAGCUUGAUGUUCCUCUAGGAGAAAGAUACAGAGACAGACAAUCAAUAAUAAUGACACAGGCGCUCAGAAAAAUCCACUACUCAGUUGCCAAUUCUCAGACACUGAUCGUUUUUCUUAAUCAGGUCAGAUCACAUGCCAAAUAUAGCAUGCGGUUCCCACACGCGGAGGAAGUGACUUGUGGGGGAAACGCAUUGCGGUUUCAGGCAGCGAUACGUCUCAAAAUGAUAAGAACCGGGCUCAUAAAGACUGACAAUAAGAUAAGUGGUCUGAAUGUGUGCGUCCAAGUGGUGAAAAAUAAACUGACGCCGGGAAAGAAGAAAUCUGAACUGGGGAUUCAGUUUGGUCGUGGAUUCUACGUGGAGCGUGAGGUACUAGAAUUGGCUUGUGAGCAUGGGGUUAUCGUAAGAGAAGGAAAUAGCCAUUUCAUUGAAGGCGAGGUCGUUGAUGGGAAAGACGCAGCUGAAAAGUAUUUGGAGAAAAAUAAGGAAGUCCUUGAUACCAUCAUCAAUAUCCUGAGGAACCAGCUCUUCUAG